AUGAUUCUGAACGCGACCGAAGCGCAGGGGACUCCAUUCGAGACCGGGGACAUCGUGGUCGUAACGCAGAAGGUGGUGUCCAAGGCGGAAGGGCGCACGGUCGAACUGUCUGCGGUGGAACCGUCCGACUUCGCGCGUGAAUUCGCCCUACGCGCCGGGCGCGAUGCCCGGCUCGUCGAGUUGGUGCUUCGUGAGAGUACCGGGAUAUCGUAG